AUGGAGUUGAUCACAAAUGUUGAUGAUCCAGUUCUUGAUAAGCUACAACUAGCUUGUUCUCAUAUCAAAACCCUUCUCCAGAAUUCGACCAACCUCGAAAAAGGCUUGGAAAAAAUGGAUGAAAAUUUCGAUACCAUACAAGAAAGCUUAUCAAUGGCAUCAAGAAGAGUUGCACCUUUACAAUCACUAUCCAUUGGGGCUAAAUCUCUCGAAACUAGAAUAAACCGAGCCAUUUCUCCGGCUCUUGCUCUCCUCGAGAGCUUCAAACUCUCCGAGUCCCUCCAGCGUAAGCUUCUUGACACAGCCUCGAAAUUGAUUAAUGAAAAAACAUCCAAAAACAGGCUCAAGAAGUUGAUCAAGUAUGUGGCUUGCGUGGAUGAUUUGAACGUCGCCUUGACUUCCAUAAGCCAAGAGAGUGAGCCAGCAAUUCAAAAGCUGCAAGAAGUGGUUGAGUUUUUGAGCAGGACUAAAGCCACUGAUCAGUACAGAACGCUUCGUUUUAGGGAGACUUUGAUUACACUCAAAGCACUAUACGAGACAGAGGUCGAUUCAAUGAGAUUUGAUGGGGUUCUUGAUGAGGCUUUGCUGAAUUUGCAAGAUGAGUACGAGAGUUUGUUACAGCAGUUAAGGCAUCAGAACAUAGGGGAUGAUAUGACUGAAAUGAUGCCUGAAAAAUUGGGUACUGAGUUGGAGAUCGAAGUUCUUAGACGAAUUUCAGAGACACUGGCUGCCAAUGAUUGUCUGGAUAUUUGUAUCGAUAUCUUCGUCAGGGUAAGAGCAAUUGCUCAGCAUAUACUUAUAAUUCAAAGGCUCAUGCAAUUGCUCAGCAUAUACUUAUAA